AUGUCCACCUACGUCGUGCAGGGGCUUGCAUACUUCGCGACACACCCGCGUUUGUGGGUCUCGACAUUAUGCCCACUACUCUUGACGCUUAUCGUGGCCAUUACCUCCGUGGUCGUGCUCUUCUCCGUUGCUUUGGUACCUCAAGCCGAGGAACUGGAGGAUGCGGGCGUGACUAAAUGGCUCUCGUGGCUGCUAGCUGUCAUGCUCGUGCUGGUGGAGAUCUUUCUCGUCACACUCAUCUACAACCUCGUCAUCAUGGGCUGCUACCAGGAUAAGGUCUUCGAACAGGUUAUGGUAGCGCGUGGCUUUAAGGAGAUGGUAGAGGACGAGGAGCGUCACGCCGGUUGUGUCCGCGCCUGUCGUUCCUGCUGCCGUGUCAGCCUCUGGCUGCGCCUCGUACUGCUGAUCGUAACAUUGCCGCUAAACUUGAUCCCGAUCAUCGGCUCCAUCAUCUACGCGUGGCUCAAUGGCACUAUCUUGGCGUGGGAGUACCAUUUGCUCUACUUCGAGUUCAAGAACUUUACAUACGCGCAGCAGAAAGCCUUCGUCAAUGAGCACAAGGUACAAUACUCGUCCUUCGGCAUGCAGGCGCUGCUCAUGGAGAUGAUUCCGGGUUUUGGCUCGAUCUUCGUGUUUACCAACACAGUAGGGGCGGCGCUAAUGGCUGCUCAUUUUGAGGAGGAAGAACGCGUACGCACGGCACCGCAACACGGCGGUUUUGCAAAGCCUCCGCGCAGCAUGUCGACGUAUGUGGCACAGGGUCUCGCUUACUUCUUGUCACACCCGCCGCUGUGGAAGAUGACCUUUCGCCCCCUUUUACUGACGAUCGUUGUGGGCAUGACGACGGUCAUUGUGCUGCUGUCUGCGGCCAUGUAUCCACAGGAACAAGCACUCUACGACAUUGGCGUACCGGAAGGGUUGGCUUGGGUGCUGGCCAUCAUGUUGUGUCUCGUGGAGAGUUUCGUGAUCGUUAUGCUCUACAGCUUGAUCUGCCUAGCUUGCUACCAGGACAAAGUGUUCGCGUACGUCAUGCGCGAACAAGGACACACUGAUCUCGUGGCCAACAAACGCAAGCACGCGUCGUGUAUCCGCAUCUGUACCAGUUGCUGUCGCGUGAGUGUGCUACUGCGUCUAGGUCUUCUGGUGGUGUCGGUGCCUCUGAAUGUCGUGCCUGUGGUAGGCAACACCAUGUACGCGUGGCUAAACGGCCAGAUCGUAGCGUGGGAGUAUCAUUUCUUCUACUUCGAGCUUAAGAAUUUCAGCUUCGAGCAGCAGCAAGCGCUCAUUGACGAGCGCAGUAUGCAGUACAAGCUCUUCGGUAUGCAAGCGUUACUGCUGGAGAUGGUGCCAGGCAUCGGAGCAGUCUUCAUGUUCACCAACACCGUCGGUGCCGCUCUUUUCGCUUCCAGCAUCGAAAGGGAGGAAGCCGCCAAGCACCCACAGGUGCAGCCAGAAGAGACCGAUCCAUACCGCUCGCUCGUUUAGAACGUAGCCCCAAAAGUCUUGGCUCUUAAGAGAAUGUCAAAACCAUCCUUUAUUCACGAGUCC